AUGAAGAAUCUCCUCGGAGGAAAGGGUGCAAAUCUCGCUGAAAUGGCCUCCAUCGGAUUGCCCGUGCCACCGGGAUUCACUCUGACUACAGAGGUCUGCACUCACUUCUACCAGAAUGAUUGCCAGUAUCCCAAGGAACUUGAACAACAGGUGGAGAAGGCCUUGAAUUUGGUCGAGAGCCGCACUGGACGCAAAUUUGGUGACUCCAUCAACCCACUUCUGGUGUCAGUGCGUUCUGGAGCACGCGCAUCCAUGCCAGGAAUGAUGGACACAGUUCUGAACUUGGGACUGAACGACAUCACGGUGGAGGCUUUGGCAAAGAAGUCAGGCGACCGUCGCUUUGCCUUUGACAGCUACAGACGCUUUGUGCAGAUGUAUUCUGACGUUGUCCUCGGCAUUGAGAUCAACCACUUUGAGAAGCAUUUGGAGCGUGCGAAAGAGAAGCGUGGCGUGAAGCAGGACUGCGAGUUGCUUCCAGAGGACUUGGAAAAGCUGGUCAAGUCUUACAAAGCCGUCGUCCAGUUGGAGCUUGGCGAGGAGUUCCCAGAGGAUCCAAAAGCACAGCUUUGGGGAGCCGUUGGUGCAGUCUUCAAUUCCUGGAUGAAUCAGCGUGCAAAGACCUACAGGGCAUUGCACGACAUCCCGGAGUGGUGGGGCACAGCCGUGAACGUCCAAGCCAUGGUCUUCGGAAAUAUGGGCAACGACUGUGCGACUGGUGUUGCCUUCACUCGCGAUCCAUCCACCGGAAAGAAUGAGUUCUACGGUGAAUUUUUGGUCAAUGCGCAGGGUGAAGAUGUCGUCGCAGGCAUCCGCACUCCGCAAGAGCUUACCAUCAGGGCUCGCCAGUCCCACGGCUCCGACUUACCAUCCUUGGAAGAAGUGAUGCCAAACAUCUUCCGCGAGUUGCUCUCAGUGCGCAGCCAGCUCGAGACUCACUACAAGGACAUGCAAGAUAUCGAGUUCACCAUCCAGCAAGGCAAACUCUACAUGUUGCAGACCCGCAAUGGCAAGCGAACAGCUCCUGCUGCGCUGCAGAUUGCUGUUGACAUGGCCAAGGAAGGCUUGAUCACCAAGUCGCAAGCUCUUCUGAGUUUGAAGCCGGAUUUGAUUGACCAGCUCUUGCACCCUACUCUGGACCCCAAGGCCAAGAAGGAGAUCAUUGCCAAGGGCCUUCCUGCCUCUCCCGGUGCGGCGGGUGGCAAGGUUGUCUUCUCCGCAGAUGAAGCAGUGCGCCGCUGCAAAGAUGGCGAGAAGGUGAUCCUGGUUCGUAUCGAGACCAGCCCAGAUGACAUCCACGGUUUGCACGCAGCAGAAGGAGUUCUGACCACCCGAGGCAUUUUGUCCAACAGUGGCAUGACCAGUCAUGCAGCAGUGGUUGCUCGUGGAAUGGGCCGACCAUGCGUGGCUGGUGCUGGUAGCAUCACGGUUGACUAUGCCGCUGCCAAGCUCUCUGUGGGCUCUGUGACUGUGACUGAGGGACAGAUCCUCACCAUCGAUGGAAGCACGGGAGAAGUGAUGGUGGGAGAGGUUCCCACAGUGCCACCACAGCUCUCCGGAUCUUUCGGAACCAUCAUGCAGUGGGCAGAUGAAGUCCGUGACAUGAAGGUCCGAGCCAAUGCCGAGACCCCUGCUGAUGCUCGACAAGCCAAGGAAUUCGGUGCCGAGGGCAUUGGCCUUGUCCGCACUGAGCACAUGUUCUUCGAAGGACAGCGAAUUGUAGCCAUGAGGCAGAUGAUCUUGGCCACUGAUGAGGCUGAUCGACGACAGGCCUUGGACAAGUUGUUGGUCAUGCAGAGGGAAGACAUCACGGAACUGUUCCGAAUCAUGGACGGCAAUCCAGUGACGGUCCGUCUGUUGGAUCCACCGCUGCAUGAAUUCAUCCCUCACACAGAGGCAGAAAUGGAGGCCAACCCCAUGCUUGGUCAUCGUGGCUGCCGAUUGGCCAUCACCUAUCCCGAGAUUUGCGAGAUGCAGGCACGAGCCAUUUUCGAGGCUGCAGCUGAAGUGGGGCGAAGCUCCAAGAAAUUGCCAGUGGCAGAAGUCAUGGUGCCCCUUGUGGCAACAGUUGAAGAACUGAAGCUGUUGAAGGGUGUCAUUGAGAAGACUGCCGAUGCUGUGAAGAAGGAGCAAGGAAUCACUUUCACUUACAAGAUCGGCACCAUGAUCGAGCUUCCACGCGCAGCUCUGCAAGCGGGCCGUUUGGCAGAAAUGGCUGAGUUCUUCAGCUUUGGCACCAAUGACUUGACCCAGACCACCUAUGGCUUGAGCCGAGAUGAUGCUGGCUCCUUCUUGCCAGAGUACAAGGCCAAGGGCAUUGUGGAGCACGAUCCUUUUGUGAGCUUGGAUCCUGACGGUGUUGGUGAGUUGAUCACCAUGGCCGUUCAGCGUGGUCGCAGCACCAGGCCAGAGAUGAAGAUGGGCAUUUGCGGUGAGCACGGCGGAGAUCCAGCCUCCAUUGAGGUCUGCGAGAAGAUCGGCCUGGACUACGUGAGUUGCUCGCCCUUCAGAGUUCCUGUUGCACGACUCGCAGCAGCUCAGUCUGCUCUUAAGACAAAGGGUGAGCAGACAAAGCAGAGUUCCACAAAGGCAACCAAGCCUCGGGUGCAGUUCAGGAGUUCACGAGGUGAUCAAGAUUCGAAUUUUGCUUUCGCCAUGGCAAAGUGGGUCUACGACUUUGGAGAUGGCAAG